UUACGGCGAAAGUGUAAGAGAGCCGAUAACGAUAAAAACGCGCACUCCAACUAACUCGUCGUACAUUCAUCAAAGAACAGAGGUCUUCAUCAGCGGUGCUAGUGGUUAUGAAUCCAAGCAGGUCCACGCCUUCCCUCGCCAUCUCUGACAGAUCUGGCCAGUUCAAAGGAGUGGUCCAAUAAUGGUCCAACCAGCACCUCAACUCUGUCUCCGACUACCUGGUUUGCUCACUGUCUGAUCCCGUUCUUCAGUGGUGUGUGCAUGACGCCUGAGUGUGCUCUAUCUCCGCAUGUUGUACAGUCCCCAAGUCAAGGAGCCGCCUGUUGCAUGACCCUGCCAACUCCAAGCUUCCAGCUUCAUCCACUUUUCUGCCUGAGUUUCGGGUGCUUGAUUGCGGGAGAGGUGCCGCCGAUUGAGAGGUGAGGAACGCUUUAUAGUGUGUGUCCACAUCCAUGGUUUGAUGAUCACGAGAACACUUUCGGAAGACAAUAUUUUCCCAUCGAACAUCGGAGUGAAGUGAAAUCAAGCAUUAAGAUCCCAGACAAGACCAGGAUUUGCUCCAUUCAUCUACUAGACUUGCAACGUCAUGAAUCCGUCCGACUCGCACGACCUUUUGGGCCACCAAGGCAUAAAAGGCCGGAUUGUGGUGUACUCUAUUGGUGGUUGUCCGCAUUGUUUGGAGGCCAAGAACACUCUCAGCGAACUCAAACUGCCUUUUACGGAUGUGAGUGUGGAUCGGUUUCCGGCCAAUGUUCGCGAUUGGCUCAAGGAACGGACGGGGAAAUCUAGUGUGCCCCAGAUUUUCUUCAACAAUAACCAUAUUGGUGGGAACGAUGCAUUCCAAAAGCUCGUCAAGGACCAAGAAGAGUUCAACCAUGUUCUCAGGGACAUGCACCAAAAUGGUCCACCCGAGGGUCCCGAUGCCCCCUUGUUACCUCAUCCGGGAGAGGCGAUUGAUAUCCCCUCGAUCGAUGGUGAGGCGGUCCAUUGUGAAAUGGACGAGUUCAUCUACUUAAUCGAGGAGAUGAAAAAAGCUGGAAUUGUCAAAACACACAAGAAAGCUUUCCCGUUCUGUUUCGUGAAGGUCAAGGACUCAUUUACGGGGAAAGAUUUCGUGGAUUGGAUCGAGGACAAGAAACUCAUUUCUCGGGAACGCGCCGUUUUUAUGGGACGUCAACUCGUGUCGAAGAAAUUCGGCGUCAAUGUUGACGAACGAGAGGACUUUUGCGAUGCCUCGGGUGCUUUGUACAAGCUCAGUACGAGCGAUGCCAGUCGAGCCCUUAAUGCCGGUGAGAUGUCCCAAUGUGUCCAGAGGCCCGCCGGCGAAGUGGCCGAGCAUUUGAGGAAAUUGAUCCUCCAACUUUUCGGAGAUUACCUCUCCAAAGAUGGGAAAACCGUCGACUACAAAGGGAUUGCCACGUCGAAAAGUUUCGAGGCUUACAAGAGGAUGACUUUGGAGCUUCAGCGUGUGGAACUCGAGAUGAUCUCGCAUGAAGAGCGCUUGGCCUUCUUCAUCAAUAUCUAUAACGCAUUGGUUAUCCACGGCAAUGUGGAAAAGGGCACUCCCAGUAAUAUGUGGCAGCGUUAUCGCUUCUUCUCGACCAUCGCGUAUAAUUUGGGCGGACACGUGUACUCGCUCAAUGACAUCGAGAAUGGCAUUCUUCGUGCCAAUCGCGGAAGUAUGGGCACCUUGUAUAUCACACCUUUUGGAAAAGAGGAUCCGAGACUCAAGUUGGCUCUGGAGAAGCCCGAGCCAAGAAUUCAUUUCGCCUUGAAUUGCGGAGCUCGGAGCUGUCCCCCCAUCAAGACCUUCUCAUCUGACGAGAUUGAUAAACAGUUGGAUGUCGCCACCGAGUCCUACUUGGAGAAUGAUGAUGCCGUCCGAGUGAAUGUCGAGGAGAGCACCGUGUACCUCUCCAUGCUCUUCAAAUGGUACCAUAAGGACUUCGGCAAGGACAAGGACGAGAUCCUGAAAUGGAUCUACGAUCGCAUCACGACGGAUGACGACAAGAAGAAGCAGUUGGGCGAAGUGAUCCAAAGCACCGAGUGCAAGGUCGAUUACAUUCCGUACGAUUGGGGCAACAACCGAAAGGAGGAUUGAGCCCAAUCGGUAGUGGCGGUGAAACAACCAAAAUAACUUGGCUUAUUUAUGAUUUGAGACGAAAUAUUUAUAUACAAGAAGACCCCUACUCGCUCUCCAGAUUUCGCCCUUGAAUGGGGAGCUGAAAAGUACCUACAAGAAUAGAGGCCUAUGUUUCCGUA